GUGUGUGCGUAUAGCCUCUCAUAAGGUAACACGUAAAAGAAGUUUCACGAAAGGCAAUACGUAUCUCUACGACUUUAGUUCUAUUUUUAAUUUAAUUCUACUUUGGGAAGCUGUGCUUAACGUAGCUUUUGCUUGUUUCUUUUUACUCUCACUUUUUUCUUUUAUUAAUAUUUUCUCCUUAUCUUUAUUCCUUCUUUUUCGAAUUUUCCAAUUAUCUUCCCAUCUCUCUUUGUUCCUGCCCACCCCACACCCACUCACCUCUAUGUGGCGCCGGAAACUUCUAGAAUCACCGAAAAUUCCGACGGUCGUCUUUCUCAGAACUCUCUGUAGUUUUGGCUCCAGAUCUGCGAGAAUAGCUUCAUCGAUCUUCACUCAAUUCGUCAGGUAAUAAGAAGAGAUGACUCCACAGCCAAUAGACCGGAACAAAGGAGAGACGACGGCCGGUGAAACGCCGAGGUCUGUGCCGACACCGUUUUUAACAAAGACCUACCAGCUCAUCGAGGAUCAAUCUAUUGACGAUGUGAUCUCUUGGAAUGAAGACGGAUCUACUUUUAUAGUGUGGAAUCCAACGGAGUUUGCUAGAGAUUUGCUUCCUAAAUAUUUUAAACAUAAUAAUUUUUCUAGCUUCGUUAGGCAGCUCAACACCUAUGGAUUUCGGAAAGUAGUACCUGAUCGAUGGGAAUUCGCAAACGACAGCUUCCGGAGAGGUGAGAGAAGUCAGUUAGUUGAUAUCCAGCGUCGAAAGGUUGCUACGCCGAUUGCAACUCCUUCCGCAGCUGCAACAGCGGUGGCGAUUGUGGCUGCUCCGCCUCAGCCUCCACCUCCACCUCCACCUCCGCCUCCGCCUCCGCCUCCGCCUCCGCCUGCUCAACCACCGGUGGCUGUAUCUACCUCUGAUUCCUGUGAAGAGCAAGUUCUAUCGUCGAACUCAUCUGCAGGUAGCACAGCGGAGCUUUUAGGAGAAAACGAACGGUUAAGAUUGGAGAAUUUACAGCUCAACAAAGAGUUGAACCAAAUGAAGAAGCUCUGCGGCAAUAUAUAUGGUAUGAUGUCGACUUACGCACUUCCUUCGAGCAGCGGUAAUCAAUCGGCGGAGAGUAGUUCGCCUUCGUUGAAGCCACUGGAUCUGUUAGGUACGGAACGGUCCGUAGGUGAAUCUCAGGUGAAGGCGGUAGAGGACCGGGAGAGCCAGGAGGUACCGGAGGAAGCGCAGGCGAGAUUAUUCGGUUUCUCGAUAGGCAUGAAGCGUGUUAGGGAAGGGGAACAAGCAAUGGCGGAGCAUUCUCAUGAUUUACGGCUGCGGCAACCUGGAACAACGGAUGUUAAAGUAGAACCGUCUGAUCAGGAAAGUAACGGUGAAAGUGAAGAGAGAUCGUGGCUGCUACAUUGCGGUGGAAGAAAUCAAAGGACUUGUAAUUGAUAGUUUGUUGGUGUGAUGAACCUUAAUUAGAUUAGAUUAGAGAUUAGCUGUGAUGAUAAUCGAGAUUAUAUUAGAGAUUAGCUGAUCAAAAUCGAAAGAGGUGAUAAUUACGUGACUAUGACUAAUCUUGAAGAAGCUUCUUUGGCCCCUUUUUGAUUUA